CUUUAUUCAUUCAUGGAAGUGCUGCAAAUUCUAAACCGUUCACAAAGUUCAUUUCUUUUCCUUAUUAAAUUUAUAAACGUUUUUUUACUCAAAUAUUCCUUCCACUUUCUCAAGCCAAGAAUCUCUUCUCUCCCUCUUCCCUUUCCUUACUUUCAGAUUCUCCCCUUUCCUUCCUUCUUUUAACAAUGCUUCUUUCGUCCCCUCUCGCUUUCUCUCCCGCCCUUCUUUACUCUCUGCCUCUUCCUUUCAUUCACAUAUUCCGGCCACUUUUUCAUAAAUUAUAUACCCCAUGGCUCCUCCUCCUCCUCCUCCUCCCUCCGAUGUUAACCACCUCUCUCAUCCGUGUAUCUAUGGGGACUUUAACAAUUCGUACCCGGAGAGAAAAUCGAGGCUUAUGAAGUGGCUGAGUAAGAUUUUCAAGUCCGGUUCCGGCGGUCGUCGUGGCGGUGGGAGUGGUGGAUAUAAUCCUCAGUUUGUGGGGGAAGAAAACUUGGUCGUUCGUGCUCCGGUUAGGAUACCGGAUGAUCGUCCAAGGACGAAGAAGGAGCAAGAGGAAUUAGAUCACGCAAGGGCGCUAUCUUUAUCUGAUGGUAUGGGAAAACGAAAUGGUUACAACGAAUGGCGGAGAGACGACAAUUACGGUGGAGCUUUACCGAGAGGAGCUGACAAUGGUGGUCCGAAUUCAUCUUCAUACCCUCCUUAUGGCAACUUGCAGUAUAAUCCUGCUGGAUAUAGAGUAUGUGCUGGCUGUCAUCGAGAGAUCGGAUAUGGGAAUUACUUGGGAUGCAUGGGAGCCUAUUUUCAUCCCAAUUGCUUCCGUUGCCAUUCCUGCGGGUAUCCAAUUACCGAGCACGAGUUUUCUUUGUCUGGGAGGGAUCCAUAUCACAAAACUUGCUUCAAAGAACUGACACAUCCCAAAUGUGAUGUUUGUCUCCAAUUUAUUCCGACGAAUGCAGCUGGUCUAAUAGAGUAUAGAUGCCAUCCAUUUUGGUCCCAAAAGUACUGUCCAUCACAUGAACAUGACAACACAGCUCGCUGUUGUAGUUGUGAACGUUUGGAGUCCUGGAAUGUAAGAUAUUAUUCGCUCGAAGAUGGUCGGAGUUUAUGCUUGGAAUGCAUGGAAUCCGCAAUCAUGGACACCGGUGAUUGCCAGCCUCUUUACCAUGCCAUUAGAGACUAUUAUGAAGGAAUGAACAUGAAACUAGACCAGCAAAUUCCGAUGCUUCUCGUUGAAAGACAAGCUCUCAAUGAAGCCAUUGUCGGAGAAAAGAAUGGUUAUCAUCAUAUGCCCGAGACAAGGGGUUUAUGUCUGUCUGAAGAACAGACAGUAACCAGUAUACUAAAGAGACCGCGAAUUGGAGGCCGACAUCUUAUCGGAAUGAGAACUCAACUCCAAAAGCUGACUAGGAAAUGUGAAGUCACUGCCAUUUUAGUUCUUUAUGGCCUUCCGAGACUGCUGACGGGGGCGAUUCUCGCCCACGAGUUGAUGCAUGGCUGGUUACGCCUCAAAGGAUAUCGAAAUCUGAAUCCCGAGGUCGAGGAAGGUAUCUGUCAAGUGUUAUCACACAUGUGGCUCGAAUCCGAAGUACUGCCGGGAUCAAGCAGUCAAGCAUCAACAUCAGCAGCUUCUUCAUCUUCUUCCUCGUCUAAGAAAGGAGGGAAAUCUAAUGUCGAAAACAAGCUUGGUGAGUUCUUCAUUCACCAGAUUGCUCAUGACGCUUCCCCUGCUUACGGCGGAGGGUUCCGAGCGGCAAAUGCAGCUGUCAGUAAGUAUGGUUUACGUCGAACCUUAGACCACAUUCGCCUGACCGGAAACUUCCCGUUGUGAAAACCUCAGUGAUGAUUCAGUUUGUCAAAAGAAUGUUGAAAGUCGUGACAGAAGAUUGAAAUAGCUUCUCCCCAAAAUUUUCAUGGGGUUCCAUGACAAUACUUUUAACAUUUACUGUUGCCAAAUAAGAUGAGUUUCAUAUAUAUAUUACCUUGCUGUAACUUUCACGG